UUAGAAGUGCAAUUUCACAGUUCUAAGCUUGAGUCUUUCCUUUUUCCUCUGAUUUCAACACACACAUUCAACUCCAACAGGACUAGCAAGUUCUUCCCAUGGCUCUGCUACCAUCAUCUUCCUCCUCUACAUUCAACUACGAUGUGCUCCUCAGCUGUGGUACUGAAGAUACCCAAGGAUUCACUGUCGGCAUCUACAGAGCCCUUUGCGACGAGAAAGUCCACACCUUCUUUGAUUACAAGGUGGUUGACGAAAUGGUACCAGAAGUUGACGAAGCCAUUCAAUGCUCCAGAGUUGCUAUCAUUGUGCUAUCUAAGAACUAUGCAUCAUCUUCCAUUUGCUUAGAUAAGCUUUCCAAGAUCCUUGACUUCUUCAACGCCAACGGUAGACUCAGUCUGGUUCUUCCUGUUUUUUAUCACGUGGAUCCCAAUGAUGAAGCCAUGGCUGUGCAUCACAAGAGCUUCCAGGAUGACAUGGUCACGUCGCAGCUCCAGAAAUGGACCAUGGUUAUGCAGCAAGUUGUGGACUUGCCCAGUUUGCAUUUCAGACUUGGGGAAGAUCAUUAUCAUGAUUUUAUUUGGGAGAUAGUUAAAGAGGUUUUCAACAAGAUUAUAAACGACGUCCCUUCACGAGUUCAGGACAGCCUUGUUGGAAUGGAGUCCCGAGUGCCAAAAGUAAUCAGGCUUUUAGAUCUUCAGUCUGGUGUUGGAGUCCAUAUGGUAGGAAUCACUGGAAUUGGGGGAAUAGGCAAAACAGCACUUGCUCGGGAAGUUCUUAAUUUGAUAGCUGACCAAUUUGAAGUUGCGUGUUUUCUUCGUAAUGUGAAGAAGGAGUUAAACAAACAUGGAUUAAGCCACUGCCCCAAUGAGAGAUUUCUUUAUCAUAUACCUGGAGAAGAUGAGGAAGGUGUUCAGAUUACAUAUUUUUCGGAUGCAAUUGAGGAAAUAAGACGCAAGCUAUGUAGAAAGAAGGUUUUAUUGAUUGUAGAUGAUGUUGACAAACUGGAGCAGUUGGAGGCUUUGGCUGAAAGUCCUAAUUGGUUCUGUCCUGGUAGUAGAAUUAUCACUACCACUCGAAACAAGCAUUUGCUAGUAAGUCAUGGGAUUGAAAGAAUAUAUGAAGUGAGUGAGUUAAAUUGCAAAGAAGCACUUGAUUUGUUGACCUGGAGUGUUUUCAAGAAUAACAUAGCUCCUUCAGAGUACAAGGAGGCCCUAAAUUAUGCAGUCACUUUAGCUUUGGGCCUUCCAUUGUCUUUGAUAGUGAUAGGUUCCUACUUGUGUGAGUUAAGUGUGUUAGAAUGGAAACAUUACUUACGAAGUUGGAAAGAGUUUCCUGAUGAAACAGUCCAAGCAGCACUAGAAGUAAGCUUUGAUGCUUUGAAGGUUAUGGAGAAAUGCGUUUUUCUUGACAUUGCUUGUUGCUUCAAAGGGUAUCCACUGGUUGAGGUUCAAUAUAUACUUCGUGCUCACUAUCGUCACUGCAUGGCAGGUUACAUCCGUGCAUUGGUUAGUAAAUCUCUCAUAAACAUUAGUUCAAGUGGUGAGCUAACAUUACAUGAAUUGAUGCGGAAUAUGGGUAGACAAAUUGUUCGACGACAAUCACCUUGGCAAAGAAGUAGGUUAUGGAUCUUUGAAGAUAUACGUGAAAUUUUGCAAGGUUGUAUGGGAACCAACAAAAUUAAAAUCAUCUGCCUGGAUUUUUCCCCAACUGAAGAAGGCACAAUAAGCUGGGACGGAGAGGGCUUCAAGAACAUGGGAAAUCUGAAGAUACUUAUUAUUAAAAAUGUUCAUUUUUCUGAAGCUCCCAAAUAUCUUCCGAGUAGUUUGAGAGUAUUGGACUGGCAGAGCUAUCCUUCACAGUAUUUACCUCCUAAUUUUUAUCCUGGGAAUCUUUCUAUAUGUAAGUUACCCAAGUGUUGCUUUGUGUCAUCUGAGAUAUGUGGCUUGUUGAAUAAGAAGCCUGUGAAUUUGGACGAUUUGAGUUUUGACAAUGGUGAACAUUCAUCUAAUGAGAUGGUUUAUGUGUCUUGUCUGCCAAAAUCAAAAGAAAUAACUGUUAUGGUCUCAGAAUAACCAAACUUGGUUGCACAUGGAAGGAAGUACACAGUAAGAUGCAAAUUGAGGAUAGUGAUCAGUUGUGUUGUUGUACAUCUCCAUAAAUGAUAAUUGAAUCUAAGAUAUAUUUGUCAAAUUCGAAUUGUGAUGAUUGAGUGAAACCAUCUUGUUGCUAUUCUCCAUUUUGUUAGGAAAUAAUGGAAGUGUGUAUUCAUUUAUUGAAGACACACUUGAAUAUGAUGUUACUAGUCCUAUCUUGUGUUUGACAUUUUCUUUCUCACAGGCAGUGAGCUCUUUUUAUUCUUCAAUUUAUUUUUCUUUUCUUUA